AUGACGGAGCCGUCUCUCAACGCGUCUUCGGCGCCGGCGACCUCGGCCGCGCAAAGCCAGCCUCCUGCCUCCCAAGCCCCCGUAUUGCAGAAUAAUCAGCAGUAUCAAAGCCAGAGCCAGGCCUCGGAGCAGCAGCCGGCUCAGGUUACCGCGACCACUGCUGCUCAGGCGGCGGCGGCGGCGGCGGCUGCUGUUGCCGCGGUCGGGAACAAUCAAAAUGGGCACGGCGUGCAAAACAACCCCCCGGCCACCGAGGAGCUCGCCUGCAUGUGGCAGGGAUGCACUGAGCGCUUCUCGACUGCGGAAGCUCUCUAUGAACACGUCUGCGAGCGCCAUGUAGGCCGCAAGAGUACUAACAACCUCAACCUCACUUGCCAGUGGGGCACGUGUCGAACGACCACGGUCAAACGCGACCAUAUCACCUCGCACAUCCGUGUUCACGUACCCUUGAAGCCGCAUAAGUGUGACUUGUGUGGCAAAGCGUUCAAGCGUCCACAGGAUUUGAAAAAGCAUGUGAAAACGCACGCUGAUGAUUCGGUGCUGAUGCGUUCCCCGGAGCCGGGUGCGAGGUCACACGAUGUGCAGUUUGGCGGUAUGGUGAAUAAUACCAAGGGUUUUUCCACUGGAACGCACUACUUUGAGCCGCUCAACCCCGUCCACGCUGGACAGGGUUAUCACCAGGGCCCGCCGCAAUACUACCAGGGUGGCCAGCAUCAACAGCCUCCUAAUCCGUCGUACGGAAACGUGUUCUACACUCUAAACCAGGGUGAGAACCAAUCGUCCUACGAGUCUCGUAAACGGACGUAUGAAGCAGUCAAUGAGUUUUUCGGUGAUACCAAGCGUCGCCAAUUUGAUCCGACGUCGUAUGCUGCCAUUGGACAGCGGCUGGCUGGUCUUCAGGGCCUCCAGCUUCCUCUGAGUGGAGGUCCUUCACCAGAUUUAGGUCUACAGGGUGCUGUCGGCGUGAGUUCGGCGGGUGGCUAUGGUCCUACAGCGUUGGCAGCGCCGGCAUACCACUUGCCGCCAAUGUCCAACGCGCGGACAAAGUCAGAUUUGAUCGAGUUAGAUCGGAUGCUCGAUACUAUCCACACGACAGUAUACGAGAACGACGAUCAUCUGGCGGCUGCUGGCGUCGCCCAGCCUGGCGCUACCUACAUCCCUCAGAGAGUCGCAUAUGGUGCGACCCAGUCGCCUCCAGUCCAGCUGCCGUCCAGCCAUGCCACUGCAACGACGUCCGCCACGAAUGCUACUAGCGCAGCUACUAUGGCGCCCACUACAGCCCAUUCGCCCGCGAGUGCCACGCCAGCUCUCACGCCGCCCUCGAGCGCUCAGUCGUACACAUCCGGAAGAUCUCCAGCCUCCUUCUCCCACAGAACAACUCCCCCUCAUCAUGAAGCCGCGACUCCCGUGUAUCCACGCCUGCCAUCGACCACGAUGUCAGAAGGGAUCUCUAAUGGCUACUCCACUACGUCCGGAGCCGCGCCUCCCUCCACUCUCAGCAGUAGUUUCGACUAUGACGACCAACGUCGCCGCUACGCUGGUGGUAACCUCACCCGCUCGCGGGCGGAGGAGUACUCUCGUCUCCAGAUGGACCAUGUUUCGGGUGAAGAAUCGCAGACGAAGGAACACGGGGAGCACGGCCAGUCGGAGGCCAUCUCCAGUAGUCUCAUUGAUCCUGCACUCCAUCGCAGUAAUUCACCCGAUCCAGAAGUGGCCCAACGCACCGCUCAAGCCGCCACGGAGGCCGCCAAGCGUGCUGAAGAGCAGUGGCUUGAGAACGUGCGCAUUCUGGAACAGCUUCGUGCUUACAUUAAAGAUCGUCUCGCCCGUGGCGACUACGAGGAGGAUGACGAACCGCAGCAGCAGUCGACGGAACGGCCCGGAUCGGCGUCCACCCCUGCUGAACGUCGCAUGAGCACUGAGGCUGCGGGCGAUGAUCGUCGAGAGGCCACUCCGACUGCCGCGAAGCCGGACGAGCCACAGACUGGCAAGGUCGAAGCUGGCAAGGCGGAGGAGUCUGCUGGUCUGUACCCGACGCUGAAGGGGGUGGAAGACGAGGCGAAGAAUGAGUGA